AUGGAUAAUGCAAAUAGUGAGGAUAUUACUAAUGCUGAUGUUACUGAGACAUCUCAGUAUCAAGACUUUUUAAUGUCACUUGAUGAUGAUAAACUCAUUUCUCAUGUUCAGAAUAUUGGGAAACAACAAGAAUUACAUCAUCAUCAUCCUUCCUUUCAUCCUUCCUUUCAAGAAGUGUCCACUCCAAGAAAAAACGCGUCUUUUAAUAGCAACAUUAGUUCGGAUCCGUUUAAUGAUGGUUUGGAUGAUGAAAUAAUGAAUAUUGGUGGUAGUAAGACCACAGAGGUUCGGGCCGAUAUUGAAAAUGAGUCUGAAGAAAAUGAGGCUGAGAAAUCUGUUGGGGAACUACACAAAUUUGGUGAUUAUGGUACCUAUUUUCGUUCAAAACAUCUAAAACAACAAAGACAAGAUGAAGAAUAUGUGAAAUGGGACUUGAAAAGACGGAAGUUGCAAAAUUUGGAUUCCGAACCCAAACAGAUAUUUCAAGGCUGUUCUAUUUAUGUCAAUGGGCAUACUGAUCCAUCUAUUAAUGAAAUACAUCGAUUAGUUAUUCUACAUGGUGGUAAGUUCAUCAGUUAUUUAGUUAAUAAAUCAAGUGCAACACAUAUUGUAUGUGAUAGACUCACUCCGAGGAAAAGUAUUGAGUAUAAAAAUUGUCGAGUUGUUAAAGCUCAAUGGAUCGUGGAUUCAGUAGCAAAGCAAGAAUUGCUAGAUUGGAAAGAGUAUAGAUUAAUUGCUGAAGUGGCAUACAAUCAAAAACGUUUGGAUUUUAUUAAACAAAACCCAAUCCACGAAGCUGACGAAGACCAAGAUGAAGAUGGAGAUGGGUUACUCCAGGAGGAUGAUGAUGAUGAUGAUAAUAAUGAGUUUUUCAGGAAACUGCAGGAACUCGAACAGGUGAUUUCAACUACUGAUAAAGUAGAGAAUGAGGAUGAUGAUAUUGAACUUUCGGUAUUCGAAGGAGAAAUAACUGAGGACCAAAAGGGUGUUCAUAAGGUCAGAAACAAGCUUGUAUUAGAUGCAAGACAUCCAGAUUUUCUUCCAAAUUUUUUCAAAAACUCUCGAUUACAUCAUCUAAGUAUGUGGAAAUCAGAUUUAAGAUUAAAAUUUUUACGAAGAAUAGUGAAAGAAGAAUUACAUCAAUCUCAGUCCAAAUUGGAUAACCCGUUUCUUGAUUCUGUAAAAGAAAAAGUUAUUAUGCAUAUUGAUUUUGAUUGUUUCUUUGCUACGGCGUCGUGUUUACUUCGACCUGAUUUGGAUAUCAACAAACAUCCAAUUGCUGUUACUCAUGGAGGGAGAACAUCUGACAUUGCAAGUUGUAACUAUGUUGCAAGAAGUUUUGGUCUCAAGAAUGGUAUGUGGCUCGGCCUGGCCAAAAAAAUGUGUCCAAACUUGAUAACACUACCCUAUGAUUUUGACAGCUAUGAGAAAUACUCAAGUGAGUUUUAUAAUUAUUUGUUAUCCAGCAAGUACUUUGAUUCAAUUUUUCCGGUUCUGAUUGAUGAAGUAUUGGUUGAUGCAACGACAUAUUGUAAUAGUCAGAUUGGGGGUAUACACACAGUAGUAGAAGAAUUGUCAUCAAGAAUUCGUCAGGAUGUGUUCACAUUGACAAAGUGUUCUGUGAGUGUAGGAGCAUCAACAAAUGUAUUAUUGGCAAAAUUAGCUCUCAGAAAAGCAAAGCCAAAUGGACAAUUUCAAUUAUUUGAUAACGUGGAGUCGUUCUUGCAGACAAUUUCAAUACGCGAUUUGCCUGGAUUUGGUAGAGGUAUUAUGGAAAAGCUACAAAAUCACACUAGUGCAACGAAUCCAGAAAUUAAGGAUAUACUCCAUCUCCUGAAAGCUGCAUUGAUUGAACUGCUAGGUGAAAAGACGGGUUGUAAGUUAUAUGAAUAUUGCAGAGGUAUCGAUGAAACCAAAAUUGAGAUAGAUACAAAGAAUCCUGAAGCUAUGCUAGGAAGAAAAUCAGUAUCAGUUGAUGUAAACUUUGGUAUUAGAUUUGACACCGUUGAAGAAUUGGAUGAUUUUCUUGUCCGAUUAUCCAAAGAGCUAUAUCAGAGACUUGUAACGUUGGGUAUUUGUGGAUCAAGUUUAUCAUUGAGGUUGGCUAAGCGAGCUGCCGGUGCCCCAGUGAACCCACCAAAGUUUCUAGGAAUGGGGUAUUGUGAUUAUGUGAACAAAUCUUCAAGAUUAGGGGUGCCCACAAAUGACUGGGGUAUUAUUGGAAAUGAAGUCAAACUGCUUUAUCGUUCAGUGAACAUCCAGGUUAGUGAAUUACGUGGUGUAUCUAUCACAAUGGCUAAAUUGAAGGAUACUGAAUCUGUGAAGAACAGCCGUCAAAUGAGAUUGCCAUUUGCCAAGGCGAAAGAUAAAUUGCAAAUUAAUGAUGAGUUGAAAAGAAUAGCCAAAGAUGCAUCUCCUGGGAAACCAAAGACACCGGAAAGAUUGUUCUUCAAGAAGAAUAUGUCAGAAAAUAAAAGCAGCAAGAUCUCGACAUCUGAUCCAUCAUUUGACAUUGAAAACUUUGAUUGGGAAGUACUUGAUGCUUUACCAUAUGAUAUUAAAUUGGAGUUGAAAGGAGAAUUAAGAAGACGUGGUUUAAUACCAGAAACAAGUCCCACAAAGGGAAAAGUCUAUCGCCAACAAUUGCUACCAACCCAAGCGGGUAGUGCUCCCAAAUAUAUACGUGUUGUCGAUUCUCCUCCAAAGAAGGCCACAACUUCUCCCCGUAAAAGGAAAUCUUCUACGCCGCUGCCGGUAAAACCAAAACAAAAGCAAAAACCACAACCUAUGUAUCAAGAAUCACAAUCAUAUGAUUCGUCUGUUCUCAAUGAAUUACCAUCAUCCAUUAAAGAAUCUGUUUUAAAAGAUAUGGAAUAUAGAAAGAAAAUCAAGAAAUUUGAUCUAGCACCCAUGAAGGAUAAACUAGUGAGAAAGAUAGAUGAAACAAAGGUAAAAGUCACUGAGAUUACUGAUUCUUGGAUAAACCAACAGGAGAAACUAGUUGAUGAUCCUUUGUUUUUAAAUCAAAGAUUAUCUACACGAGAUUUAAGUAAAAGAAUUGAUGAUUGGGUUAGUUCAUCAUUAGACCAAGCCGGUCCUCAUGAGGAAGAUAUGAAACUAUUUGCAGGGUUUAUUAGUGAGUUGUUACAUCAAAAUCAGUUGAACAGGGUUUUGAUAUUAAUUAAACAAAUCAAACUGAAAUUGGUGUACCAGAAAAGUAUAAUGUCGUUGCAGGAAUUGACUGAAGAAGAUAGAUUGUUUAAACAGGAAGGUAUUGAUGAUUGGAAUAGUCAAUUGGAUAAUCAAAUAGAACCAUUAAUUGUGGAAUAUUGUAAGAAACGAAAUAUCACAUCUAUAGUAUAUUAA